CCGUCCCAUUGCAGCUCGACCAGUCAGUCGGUUUAACCCCUUGAAGUCACUCGGAUACCCUCAGUCUUGGAAAACCCCCAACUGGGCUUUUCUUACUCGACGAACCCACGACAAGACACCAUCAGCGCCAACCAACUGACCGAGAGCGUCUCACAACUCGGCCCGUCAUGGCGCUCCCUCCCAAGUGGUACCAGUUCCUUGUGAGCGUUUUCGCCUCGCUCGGUUCCUUCAACUAUGGUUAUGACUUGGGUGUCAUUGCCUCUGCCAUUGCCUCGGCUUCCUUCAAGACCAAGUUCGGCGAAGAUCCCAACGAGAUUGGUGCUGUCGUCUCCGUCUUCACCGGAGGUGGUUUCAUCGGCGCCGGUCUUGCCGGUCCCACCGGUGACAAACUCGGCCGUAAACUGACCAUCCUCAUCGGCGCUUCCAUCUUCGUUCUCGGCGGCGCUCUCCAGGCCGCAGCCCAGUCUCUGGCCUUCCUCUACGCCGGCCGCGCCCUCGCUGGUAUCGGUGUCGGUUUCUUGACCAUGAUUAUCCCCAUGUACCAGGCCGAACUAUGCCACCCCAGUAUCCGUGGACGAGUUACCGCUCUGCAACAAUUCAUGCUCGGUGUUGGUGCCCUUGCCGCCGCCUGGAUCUCAUACGGCACCUACAUCGGAUUCGCCGAGGACGAUAACAACCAGUGGCGUGUCAGUCUGGGUAUCCAGUGCAUCCCCGGUGGUAUCCUCGCUCUGCUCAUUCUGCUGUUCCCCGAGUCUCCCCGUUGGCUCAUCGACCACGGCCGCGUCGACGAGGGACUCCAGACCCUGGCCAAGCUCCACGCGCACGGCGACGUCAACGAUGCUUGGGUCCGCGCCGAGUUCGACCAGAUCCAAGAGUCCAUCGCUGUCGAGCACGAGGGCUCCGCCAAGUCCUACAAGGAACUGUUCACCGACAAGUCCUGCUUCCGCCGCCUCUUCCUUGCCUGCGCCCUGCAAGCGUCCAUCCAGAUGACUGGCGUCAGUGCCAUCCAGUACUACUCGGUCGCCAUUUACGAGAAGAUUGGCAUCGCCGGCGACGAGACUCUCCGCUACCAGGCCAUCUCCUCCGUCAUCGCCCUCGUUGCCCAGUUCCUCUGCAUGAUGCUCAUCGACAAGACCGGCCGCCGCUGGCCCUUGAUCUUGGGCAACAUCGGCAACUGCAUCACCUUCAUCAUUGCCACCAUCCUGCUCGCCAAGUUCCCCCCCGGCUCCGAGAACGCCAGCGGAAGCGCCGCAUGGGGCUUCAUUGCCAUGACCUGGCUCUACAACUUCAGCUUCAGCGCCACUUGCGGUCCUCUCUCGUGGAUCAUCCCUGCCGAGAUCUUUGACAUGAAGACUCGUUCCAAGGGUGUCUCGAUCGCCACCAUGAUCUCGUACGCUUUCAACACCCUCAUCGGUCAGACGACCUCUGUGGCUCUGGACGACAAGAGCGGAAUCGGCUGGCGCUGGUACAUUCUCUUCAUUGUGUGCAACUUCACCAACGCCAUCUUCUUCUGGGCCUUCCUUCCCGAGACCGCCAGACGUCCCCUUGAGGAGAUGAGAUACCUGUUCACCGAGGCACCCCUCUUCAUCCCGACGUUGGACAUGAAGACCGUCGAGACGCACGACCUCGAGCGAAGAGUCGAGGCUGUCGAGCAGAAGCGGGAGAACCUUUGAGGCAUCUCAUCCGAAUCACAAACACGAUAUAAUACCCCACAUACCCCAUAGAUAGUACUUAAUGUCACAUUGAGCGUUCUAGUCUGUCUAACUAAAGAUCCAACGCCCUGCCAACCAAUGGUAUCCAAACGCUGCCCACCGGGUAUACUUGCCCAUAUCCACUCUCAUGUUCUUGACUUGCACUGUUCCUUGCGCAAAGAGAAAUUCCUCCGUGCCGAUGCCCUGUCAGAUGUGUCGGGGCACUUGUUGCUCCGUAGCGCCUUUUGCCAACAUGCUCCAGCGCCCUUCACACUCAGAUGUUCCCUGUGACACUGACC